UGGGCCAGGGUCAAAGAACCUGGAGGGCGGGGGCGUGUGCAGCAUCUCAUUCUUCGUGGCAGCCCUAAAGGCCGCAACCCCACCCCUCUCCAGCCUGCCCCUAAUCUUCGCCCGCUCUCCAAUCUGCACUUGCUUACUCUCGCGUCCAAGCGCUCGGGUUACUCGCGAUCUAGCUCGCCGCUCUCAUCUCCUGUGUACGAUCUCAGUAGCAGUAAACGUAUCGCGUUUCGACUUAGACUGGGUGCUAGAGGCUGUCUGAGAAUUGGAUAUGUGACGAGUUAUCAGUGGUUGGUUUGUAGGGAUGAUCAUCACGGCAUGACUCAAGAGGAAUUACAGUAAUCUGUGUUUUAAUUUUUACAAUGGAUUUUUGGAGAAGCUGCAGACGUCGCAAUGACCUGGCUGAGGUGGGCUUUUGCACAAGCUUGAGCCGGAGAUAGGUAGAUCAGGACGACGCGGGUCCACCAGCGCCAGCAGUAGGAGGUGGUCAUCGCAGAGCGGCGGUUGGUGGCCGAAUUGGUAUUUCAUCAUAUUUUUAUCUGGAGUCCGGAAGGUAGAAGUCCUUCGUGUCGGUGAUAAAUUCGACGCACGUUGCCGCCAAGGGCGAGAAUUACAUCGACAUGACAGGGUCGUCAAGCUCUGGCGGCACGAACACUGCAUGUGCCGCCUGCAAGUACCAGCGCAGGAGGUGCACCCCAGACUGCCCAUUGUCACCCUACUUUCCACCUGACCAACCCAAACGGUUUCAGAACGUGCACAAACUCUUCGGCGUCUCCAACAUUCUCCGCAUCCUCAAGCACGUCGAUCCUAGCAAGCGCGAAGACACUGUCAAAUCUAUAGCUUACGAGGCUGACACGAGGGAAAAGGACCCCGUUCAUGGCUGUCUGGGUGUUAUCACAAUUUUACAAAACCAGGUUUCGAAGCUAAAGGACGAGCUCGCUGUGGCCCGAGAGCAGCUAUACUUGCUCCAGCAGCACCAUAAUUUCAACCAGCAGGCACAAAUACAACAAAUUGUGGGCUCGUUAGGGGGAAACACGACAGUCGUCAAUGUCAGCUCUGGGCACGACAACAAUGUCCUAAUGCACCAACUUCAGCAGUUCAAUGAAUUGAACCAGCUCAGUUCGGAUUUUGUGAAGAGCAACCCGCUUCCUGGUUCAUCCUUCGAGCCGGACCAGUACUUAAGAAAUGACGGCUUUGAACAGCUCAAACCUGGUUCAGCGCUCACUACAAGAUUUGACGUGGGCAGGUACAUCCCAGGGGAGUCUUUGGUGCAACAAUCCGUGCUACUCGGACAAGUGAAGCUGAAGGAGCAAUCUGAGCAACAGCGUGGACAUUAUGGAAUUGCCGGUGCUGGAAGCUCCUUCAUACCCACUCCUUGCGGUGACCAUAACCUACUACAAGAUGUAGACCGCGCCUUUGGCACACCAGAUCAAUACGCAAUGGCCAUUCGUAGGCGUGGUAGCAACUUACUUAACUUGACUGUUGCUUCGGAGGCCGAACUAAGACGAGCUACAGGUGGUCACCAUGGAGUUCCCAAACACGAGCUUAGAAGUGCAGUAGUUUACCUCACCUUGACAAACAACUGAUCUAAAAAAUGUAGUAUCACACUUUCCUUUCGACCAAGUUCGAUACCUUCAUCUAACAAAAACCAUACACAAAAUUGUACUCACUAUUUUACGUUAGAGGACAUUUCUGCAGCUGGAAGAUAUUAGUGAUUGUAAUUUAGAGUAACACAGUAGGAUGGAACGGCGUCUCUCGACUGCCAGGGUUGCUUACUAAACAUGGUGGAAGCUGAGCCACCACUGGUUUCAUUGGUCGCAGCAUCACUGCAACUGCAACGAUUGUUCCUCAGAAUCACGCCAAAUCGCGACGGUUGUGCGUUGUUGGGGGUUUUGAGGAGCUUUACUCAGUGAGCUUGGAUCAGAUGGACAUUUCGAACAUGUGUAGAACAAUCAGGACUGAGGACAUUGACAUGCAGGUUUUUUUAGGUAUUACGAGUUUGAGGAGAUAGGACUGAUGCCUAGUAUGAACAUUUCAAGUAAAACAUUAAGUUUCUAACUAGUGAUUAGUUUAAUCAGGGAUAAAGUCAAGGUCCCUUUAUAGAAGCCUAACUGUUUAGAGCCUUACUAGAUUUAUGCAAUUGGACAUGUCGAUAAGUGUCCAGUGCUGAUUUUCAAUGACUCGAUAGGCUGUAUUCUUUGGUGUGCAGUUUCCGUGAGGGAAACUGGAUCUGCUUCUGCAAUCUUUCGCUUUUGUAACAUAGACACAGGUUUGUGGCUGUUGCUUCGUAGGUUCAACUUUGGAUACAGCAAUGCUAAUACAUCUUCAUUUUCUUUGUAUGUUUAA